CCCGCGCGGGCGCGCCUGACGACAGCUGCAAAGCACUUUUUCAGCAGCCGCAAGUGAGGGGUCCGGCGCCGCGCCCCGGUGACCGCCGUGCCAGCCCGCGGCCUCCGCGCUACCGGAGCCAAUGCUCGAUCUGGAGGUGGUGCCCGAGCGCUCUCUGGGGAACGAGCAAUGGGAGUUCACCUUAGGAAUGCCGUUGGCUCAGGCUGUAGCAAUUCUUCAGAAACACUGUCGCAUUAUCAAAAACGUCCAGGUUCUCUACAGCGAGCAGUCACCUCUUAGCCAUGACCUCAUCCUUAACCUGACUCAGGAUGGAAUCAAACUGCUGUUUGAUGCUUUCAAUCAGAGACUUAAGGUGAUUGAAGUUUAUGACUUGACUAAGGUGAAGUUAAAAUAUUGUGGUGUCCAUUUUAACUCUCAGGCAAUUGCUCCAACCAUAGAACAAAUUGAUCAGUCAUUUGGAGCAACACAUCCAGGAGUGUAUAACUCAGCUGAGCAACUCUUUCACCUCAAUUUCAGAGGACUGUCGUUUUCUUUUCAGUUGGACUCCUGGACUGAAACCCCGAAGUACGAGCCUAACUUUGCCCAUGGUCUGGCCUCUCUGCAAAUCCCGCACGGCGCAACUGUGAAACGCAUGUACAUCUACAGUGGGAACAGCCUGCAGGACACCAAGGCUCCCUUGAUGCCUCUCAGCUGUUUCCUUGGGAAUGUGUAUGCUGAGAACGUCGAUGUUCUGCGAGAUGGAACUGGACCCUCAGGUUUACGGCUUCGCCUACUCACUGCAGGCUGUGGCCCAGGUGUUUUAGCUGAUGCCAAGAUGCGGGUAUUCGAGCGCUGCGUGUACUUUGGUGAUUCCUGCCAGGAUGUGCUCAGCACCUUGGGCUCUCCACACAAAGUCUUCUACAAGUCUGAAGACAAGAUGAAAAUCCAUUCGCCCUCGCCCCAUAAGCAGGUCCCAUCAAAGUGCAAUGACUACUUCUUCAAUUAUUUCACACUUGGAGUGGAUAUUCUCUUUGAUGCAAACACUCACAAGGUGAAGAAAUUUGUCCUGCAUACAAAUUAUCCUGGUCAUUACAACUUUAACAUUUACCAUCGCUGUGAGUUCAAGAUUCCACUCGUCAUUAAGAGAGAUAGUGCUGAUUCACAGACAGAAACGUGUACAACAUACAGCAAGUGGGACAGUAUUCAGGAUCUACUGGGGCACCCUGUAGAGAAGCCAGUGGUACUUCACAGGUCAUCAUCUCCAAACAACACUAACCCAUUUGGGUCAACCUUUUGCUUUGGACUGCAGCGAAUGAUCUUUGAGGUGAUGCAGAAUAAUCACAUAGCUUCUGUUACUCUCUAUGGCCCCACACGGCCCAGCAGCCAGUUGAGAACGUCGGACCUUCCCCAGUGAGCAUCCCCUGCAAAGUCAGCUAAUCUCAAUGCUACAGAAUUAGUACAGCGUGCCUUGAUUUGCUGCCACUUAUAAUAUGGAAAGCACGUUAUGAUUUUCUUUUUUUUUUUUCAAUAAGCCUUUCCACCCUAGAGUGGUGUGGAGAGGAAAUUUCUCUCAACCCUUCAUCAUGGGGCAUGGAACUGUUGAUGGAGGAAAGCAGCUUAGGUGCCUGUGCCGUCAUUUAUUCCUCUCCGUUGCCCUCAUCCUAUGCAGCACAGACGUGAAGAGACUGUCCCUCCUGCUCAGCUGGCAGAAGGGGGAAAUGGAAGAGGGGCACGUAAUGACUGCAAGAAUUAGAAGCACAAACUUUCUGAGCCUUGGAGCAUCUGGAAGCAGGUAUUGAUUUUAGUCUGUUUGUGUUACUGUAUUGAUGUGGUGGUCACAUUUUAAGAAAAUGUAUGUGUAUAUAUAUAUAGAUCUAAACACCUCGGUAUUUCUGUGGCUUAGGACAUUGUACCAAGUGUGACAAGGAUGUAUAUAUGUCCAUGAUUUCAGGCACCACAUCUUUGUGUAACUUUAAAACCAAGCAAGUAGCAUGUGCAUAAUACUUGGUUGUAACAUUUGCACUACAUACACUUUAAUUACUUGAUAAACGUUUAUCUUCACUGAGGAGCAUCUGUGUACUGGGUGUGAGUGGGGUGUGGUGGUUAUUUAAUGUACACUGCGCAUAAAGCUUAUUUAUACAGUGGAUCAAAUUUAUCCACCUUCCUGCACUAAUGUGUACUUGAUAUGCUGAUACAAUUUUUUUCUGUCAUGGCUGGUUUACUAAUUUUUUUUCAUAUGCAAUUUCGAAAGAAAAAAAAAAUUCUGGAAGGGGUUAUUUCUAUGAUUGAAUUAUGUUUUAAUGAAAAGAUUUGAUACAAUUUUUCAUACUAGUGAAAAAUUUAAUGAAGAAAUAAUGUUGCCUCAUUUGCCUCUGUUCCAAAAUCCUGUAUUCCUACUCUAUUUCCUCAGAGAAAGAAAAGCUGUAUAUAAUGGUAUCUCAGAAAGAAAUUCUGGAAUUCCGCCAUCACCGAGAUAACCUUUUCUGUAACUUCUGAUGUAUGAUUUUAAUUUAUGCCAAAGGUUUAGCCAAAGACAUCCUCGUUGUAGUUUUACCAUGUCUGUACAUAGAUGCUAACUGCACACCCCACCCCAGCAGACAGGAUAGAGGCUUCUUUCUAGUUGGGAGAUGCUGCUCGCGACAUUUUAUCCCAGGAGGAUACUUUAGGUUUCUAGUUCUCUUACCAGUCUUAUUUGGGAGAAAUAGGUGGUCUGUCUUUGAAAUAAUGAACCCUUUUUAAAAAUGGACAAGAGAAAUGUAUAAUUUUUUCCCAUUUUUAAUAUUUUGGUGUCGCAACUUGUGAUACAUAGAUGACAAUUUUGUGAGUUUUACUAUGUGUGUACAGAUUUUUGUAAAUAUGACAUUUUUGUAAUUUUAACUCCAUGUACAGUGUAAUCCUGUAUAGUUUAUCAAUGAAUGAGAGAUAGGAAAUUGAAUGUUAACUGAAGUUUGGGAUCCUGGACCAGUAGCAGGGAUAAAUGUGUGUGUGUGUGUGUGUGUGUGUGUGACGUUCUUUGCCAUUUAGUCUUCCUGUAUACUGUGAUACUCUAAACUGUUUUGCUAAAACAAACAAAAAAGCCCCAUGGAGAAUCUAAUGGAUAAGGAAAAAGUUACUGUUUACCUUUAUCCCUAGGUGUCACUCCUGUUGAAUCCCUGUUCAAUCUGUGCUGUCUCCUGUGAUCGUUGCUUGCUAAGAAAAUUCUAUGCCUCAAUCUUCCUUUUUGUUUCCUCUCUAAUUUUAAUUUCAUUUUACAUAGCCCUUCUGUAAAUUAAAUGGAAUAAUAAUGAGCAUGUACACUGAAAGAAAAAUAAAAAGAGACUCUCAGUUACUGUUUUUGUGUUAAAUACAGUUGCUGGGUGUUUUU